AUGAAAAUCUCAAUAGAAACGACACUAUUCGACUUCGUUGUCAUUGAUCAGUUCAAAAAAUCGACUUUUUCAGCGCCAAAUACUAAGGUUAAGACCAUUAAAGGUUGCAUUGAUAAAUUUAUCGAGCAAUUUAAUGUGCACGACGAGCAACAUAUAUUUUGGCAACCUGUUAAAAAAUCUAACGUCAGAUUACUACUAAACACCAAUGAUUUUGGCCAAUUAGGAACCUUUUUGCAUAGACAGAUUAAAUGUAACAUCUUUAUUGGAGAAGAGGCAUUGAAGAAAUACGGUUUGACUAUAUGUGGGCCCUACGAUGAAUUUGUAGGAGAUUCUCCCCCUAGUGUUAACAAGGUUGUGGACAGUGACGAUUUUGCAUUGUCGCGCAAAUGUCUGAGUAUCAUAUCAGAACAACUCUCUAUACUUGGGGAGUCCAUGAAUAAGACUCAAAAUCAAGUGGGAAGUGUUGUCGACAAAAAGAAAUGUAUUGUCCUACCUGAAGAUAAGCCUGAACUCACUAAGUUUUUCUCUAAUUUUAAAACAAGUGCCCAAUUACAGGGGGUUUACGAGGGUUAUACAGUGUAUGAAAAGCUAUUACAGAAAUUUGAUGGCCAAAAAAGAAGAAUGGAGGCCUUUCUAAAUGAAGACACCCCAAUACUAGAGGCCGAAAACGUGAAACAAAUAGAUAUAUCUGAGAAACUAGAGGAAAAGGACGAGCAUUCAACAACGCCAAACGAUCGGUCACUACACGUUGAAGUGAGUAAUGAGGAUAACUCACUACACUUUAUGUUGUACAACAAUACAAAUUCAACAGUUCCAGGAAAUUGUACAUUUGAGUUCUCUAGCCCGAUCUCGGAGGUAUUCAGUAUCAAAAUGGGGCCACACGAAAUAGGCAUAAACGGUCAAAAAGAGUUAUGGUAUUUUCCAUCUCUACCUACUCCACUCUCCAAUUAUACAAUUAAAGUCAUAAACCAGGAUGGAGAUAUUAUUUUGAUUGGUAAAUGUGCUGGCUCCAAUAAGAUAACGCUGAAAUCGUCACUAUCCUCAUUUUCAACAGGUAGUUUCCAUACAUUGCAAGACCCUAAUAAUGUUUUUCGUGCAGACGCACUUUCUUCGCUUGAUGAAUCAAGUAUCAUGAGCACUCCCUUUUUAGACGAGACAGAAGACGUCUAUAAUUCCGGGUCUACAUUAAGUAGGCCAUUUACAUGGGAAGAAUUAUAA